UGUGUUUGCCCCCCAAUUCCACACAAAUUACACAGCCACUUGAUGUGAGUUUCUUUCGUCCGAUCAAAGUCUACUGGAAUCAAGAACUAGUGCACUGGCGGAUCAGUCACGCAGGUCAGAUAUUACCAAGAAAAGAGAUUGCACCACUCCUCAAGCAAGCCAUUAAUAAAAUGGAUAAAAUCGGGGAAAUAUUAAGGAAUGGUUUCAAUACUGACCCUCGAGAAGAUCCAAAACUGAGAGCGCUGCCAAGCCUUCUCCAGAGCUUUGAAGCAUAUUUAUCUUCACAGCAAAUCGAGAGUUUUAACCAGCAGGAAAACCACAAUCAGUGGACGGGUGCAGUUGAGGAUACCAAUUUGUUCCAGAUUUGGAAAAGAAUUAAAAAUGGAUUUGCAACGACAUCCAGUACAGAAUUAUUGCUUAAUAAUGCAAAUCCGUACCAGGAAACUACCUCUGUCGUAGUACCAGUGCCGGAAGUCACAGACCAGGACGUAUCAUUGGAUCCAUUUGAGGAAAGCUUUCAUAUCCCCUCUGAAUCAACUUCGAAGAUAGAUAGAAAACCAAAAUUGCAGCCUCCAUUUGUCGCCACAAGCAAAGCGUAUCAGCAAUACCUUGAGAAAAUCGUACAAAUAAACAAAGAUAAAGAAAUCGAUAAGGAAAAGAAACGAAAGGAAAGACUAUUCAGGAAGCAAGCAAAAGAAAUAGCAAAGUUGCAAAAGAAGCCUAAAGGUGAUGUGAAACGGGGCAGACAGAAGACAUCAACAACGAAGCAAUAA